GGGAAAUUUUCCUCGACGGCAGGUGCCCGAUUUAUCUAUCCCCGCGGCCGCCUCCGCCGCCUCACCCUCGCCCAGAUCCAAAUCCGAGCCCCGAUCCGCACGCGCCCAUGAAUUUCUUCAGCUCCGUCUUCUCCGCCCCCGCCGAGGAGGAGGAGGGCGAGGAGCAGCGGGAGGGGGAGCAGGAGGGCAAGCAGGAGCCGGCGGCCGAGCAGUCGGGCGGAGGGUGGAUUUUCGGUGGGCUGAUCGACACGCUCAAGGAGGAGAUUGAGGAGCAGCGGAGGGUGAAUGAGUCGGCCGCCGCCGCGGAGGAGGAGGAGGUGCAGCAGGGAGCCGAGGGGGCCGAGGAGGAGGCUGGCUCCGGCGGCGGGUGGAUCUUCGGCGGACUGAUCAAGACGCUCGCUGAGGAGAUCGAGGCCCAGCGGAAGGAGCAGGAGGUCAUUGCAGCAGCGGCCGCGGAGGAGGAGGGUAAGGAGCGCGAGCGGGGAGCUGAAGCUGAUGCGACGGCGGACGAAGAGGGGGAGGGUUCUGGCGGCGGGUGGAGCUUCGGCGGCCUGAUCAAGACGCUCGCGGAGGAGAUUGAGGCUCAGCGGAACGAACAGGGCGCCGCUGCUGCUGUGGAGGAGGAGGAGGGAGAGCGAGGAGCCGAUGCGGAAGUGGCGGCUGCGGAAGGGGAGGAGGGGGAUGAGGCCGGGGAGGGUCCAGAUGGCGGGUGGAGCUUCGGGGGCCUGGUGAAGACGUUCGCGUCGCGGUCGGAGACAGUGCUGGGAGGCUACCGCCGCGACCUCCAGGACCUCGGGUCGGGGCUCCGCCUCGAGACAGCCGCGCUCCGGGCCGCCGCCGCGCGAGCCGCCUCGGCGCUCCCCGGCGCGCUGGAGGCCAGCGCGUCUGCUGCCUCCGACAGGCUCGAGUCCGUGGGCCAGGCCGUCGACGACCUUGGUGCCGCCGCCGCCGGCCUCCUCUCGCAUGCCAACGAGGCCCUCCGGUCUGCGGAAGGCGAUGGUGAGGAUGGUGACGGUGCCUCCCGCCCCUCGGAUGCCUCUGCUUCAGGUGCUUCCUGGCGUGCCUCCCUGCCAUCCAAGAAGUACACCAGGUUUGAGGCUCAGGUCUUGGCGCUGCGCGCUGAUCCUGCCACGUUCACCGAGGAGCCAGAGGACUCCGAGGGCUUUGCCAGAUGGAAUAGCUCGUUCUCAAUUGAUGAGGUGAAGGAGCAGAUAGAGGGAGUGCUCCGAGAAAGCCCUGGACUAGAGAGCUUUGUGGAGAGGCUUGUGCCGUCAGUUGUUGAUUAUGAGACAUUCUGGUCUCGGUAUUUCUUUGCGGUCGAUAAGCUCAGGCAGGCAGAGGAUGUCCGCACCAAACUCGUGAGCAGGGCCAUGUCGAAGGAGGAGGAUGAAGAACUCAGUUGGGAUGUUGAUGACGAUGAUGAAGAUGCAAAUACCAGUGAUCACAAAGAAGGCACAAACUCCAUGGUAGAUAAGAAAGAAGAGAAAUCAGCAGAUCCCUUUAACCAUGAAACAGAGGGCAGUGGGAAACAAGAAGCGGCAGUUGGGACUGAUUCGACAGAAGAUAAGGAGGUAGCUUCGGCGGAAGCAAAGGAUGGUAAUGGUGAAUCCAGUGUUGAAACAUUGACACCAAAGUCGAGCAAUGGUGUGGGACAGGAAGAGAAGGCUGAAGCUGGUGACUCAUCUAAGGAGAGCGAUUUUUCAGUGGUGUCUCAACCAUCAGCACAGGAGGAAGAUCUUAGCUGGGAGGAGAUUGAGGAUGUGGGCGAUCAAGAUGAGAAGAAAGGGGCCAGCCCACGGUCAAGCUCUACUAACAAAGUGGAGGAUCUCCGAAAACGUCUUAAUUCCGUUGAAGACGAUGAGGACCUAAGUUGGGAUAUUGAUGACUAGGAAGAAACCUCAGCAUCCUGGAUUUGAGUGGUCUGAUGGCCAAACUGCCAUAGUUUUGCCACUUCAAGCAUGAGUUGGAUCUGUAUGGUGCCACAAAGAUGGAUACAGUUUAUGGAUGGAUUGGCAUACGAUGUGUAUAUUGUGAUGGCGGUGAUUCAAUUCGGUGGGGGCUGGAUGUUUGAUUUGGCCCCCUACAUGAACUUCAUAGAAUGGUAGUUUUUUUUCUGUUAGUGCUGGUACUUUGCUUCCACUUAGUCCAUUUGUUGCUAGUCCAAUAUGUACCACUUUUUUGUUUGAAUAUGACACAUUCAGAUCAUUUACAUAAGUGUACUCAUAGAUUCACAUAGUGUAAGCAUUUGAAUUGAGAAAAUAUUCAUCCAGUGUGAAUGUAGUUCAUUAAGAAUACUGUGGAGGUGGAUACCUACUUUCUGUAAACAGAAGUAAUCACCCUUGCAGUUCCUUGCGCUGAUAUGGUUCA